CCAGUAUGGAUAGUAUGCUGGAAAGUUGUGCAUUGUACUUAUGAGUUUGAAAGGCAUGGAUUGCUGUAGCAGAUGAAUACCGGAUCAAUACCAUUUGUGGAGCCUGGCAAUUGCAAGUAAUCCUGCCAAUCAGCAUUGAACAAGAGAUGGCUCAUUAGACAGCCCUCCAAAGGACUUCCUGCAUUCUAGUAGUCAUUGUGCUACUCAAGAACAUCACAAACUGAAUAAAGAGCGAUGGCCGGUCUUAACGUGCUGUUCGAGCACGCCGCUGGCUACGGCCUGUUCGCCGUCAAGGAGUUCGAGGAGACAGGCAUGCUGCUGCCCGAGGUGGAGGCGUCCGUCACCGACCUCAGCAAGUUCAACUCGAUCGUGCAUCUGGUGGGCUUCGCGCCGUUCAAGACGGGCGCCAAUGCGCUGGAGAACAUGAACGCCGUUUCGGAGGGCAUCGUGACGGAGGACUUGCAACUGUUCCUCGACACCAACCUGCCGAGCAAGCGCAAGAAGGUGACGGUGGGCGUGUCGGAGCCCAAGCUGGGCGCCGCCAUCUCCGAAGCCCUGGGUGUCAAGUGCCAGCACUCGGGCGCCGUGCCCGAGAUCAUUCGCGGCCUGCGCCUGCACUUCCCCAACAUGGUGAAGGGUUUCACGCCGGUGGCGUCGGGCAAGGCGCAGCUCGGCUUGGGCCACAGCUACUCACGCUGCAAGGUCAAGUUCAACGUCAACAAGUCGGACAACAUGAUCAUCCAGAGCAUCGCGCUGCUGGACCAGCUGGAUAAGGAUAUCAACACGUUCUCGAUGCGUAUCCGCGAGUGGUACUCCUACCACUUCCCGGAACUCGUCAAGAUCUGCCCCAAUAACUACAUGUACGCCCGCUGCACGCAGGUGGUGCGCAACCGCAAGGAGAUGACGGAGGAGGUGGUGCCCCAGCUGGAGGAGAUCCUCAUGGACUCGGCCAAGGCGCAGGCCGUUUACGACGCGUCCAAGUCUUCGAUGGGCAUGGACAUCUCGCCGCUAGACCUCAUCAACAUCGACAUGUUCGCCAAGCGCGUGGUGGCGCUGUCUGAGUACCGCACCAGCCUGCAGAACUACCUGAAGGACAAGAUGGGCGCAGUGGCCCCCAACCUGGGCGAGCUGGUGGGCGACACGGUGGCGGCGCGGCUGAUCUCGCACGCCGGCUCACUCACGAACCUGGCCAAGUAUCCGGCAUCGACCGUGCAGAUCCUGGGCGCUGAGAAGGCGCUGUUCCGCGCGCUCAAGACGCGCGGCAACACGCCCAAGUACGGCCUGCUCUUCCACUCGACGUUCAUCGGCCGCGCCGGCGCUAAGAACAAGGGUCGCAUCUCGCGCUACCUGGCCAACAAGUGCAGCAUCGCCAGCCGCAUAGACUGCUUCUCCGAAACGGCGAACACCGUGUUCGGCGAGAAGCUGCGUCAGCAGGUGGAGGAGCGGCUCAAGUUCUACGAGACGGGCGAGAUUCCGCGCAAGAAUGCCGACGUCAUGAAGGAGGCCAUGGAGGAGAGCGUCGAGGUCCAGGCCAAGCUGGACAAGAAAAAGAAAAAGAAGAAGAAGCGCAAGGCGGAGAGUGAAGAGAACGGCGACACGACGCUGGAUACGUCUCAACUGGAUGUCGACGAACCGCCGAAGAAGAAGAAGAAGCGCAAGCACCAGGACGAGAUGAAUGGAAAUGGCGACUCCACGCUGGACCUGAACGAUACUGAGGACAGCAAGAGCGCCAAGAAAAAGAAGAAGAAGAAGAACAAGGAGAUGGAGAUGGAGAUCGCCGCGUAAGGGGAGGACGCGGGGCGCGCGUCCUCCUCUGCUGACCGGCAGCGCCUAACGGGUGAACCACCCUCUGGCCCGGUGGCGGGCGGCGUGCACGGCGCGAGCUGAGAGCCCGGGAGCGGACUCCGCAAGCGGAGGGACCAGGCGACCUGCAGCGCCGGCCCCGGCGACACGCACUAAGGUCACUUCGACUACCGGACGGCAGGAAGAAGGCAGUUUCGAGCAGAUUCUCCAACCGCCAACGAGU